AUGGACGACCAUCAACUCACCGAGAUAUACGCCUUUGCCAAAAAGCUCGGUAGAGAUGCUGGCCAGAUGCUCCUUGACUCUGCCUGGAGUAGAAUCAAGACUCCAUCAUCCUACGGCAAUUUCCAGGAGAAAGAAAGCUCAGUUGACAUAGUCACAAAGACAGACCACGCCGUCGAAGAGUUCAUUCGCCAAUCCAUCAUCACCAGGUUCCCUGACCACAGCUUCCUCGGCGAGGAAUCAUAUUCAGCCGGCUCCUCGAAAGAGUACCUCGUCACGUCUGCGCCGACAUGGAUCGUUGACCCCCUUGACGGCACUGUCAAUUUCACACACCUAUUCCCUACGUUCUGUGUUUCCAUCGCAUUCUGUACUGGAGGUCAUCCCGUCAUCGGAGUGAUCAACGCCCCAUUUUUGAACCAAUUCUUUUCAUCGUGUCGCGGAAAAGGCGCCUGGUUCAAUGAACAACAUCAGCUGCCCUUGGUGAGGAAUCCGAUACCGCCUCUGCCAGAAGCUGCCCCGAGUGGAUGUACCUUUGCCUGCGAAUGGGGUAAAGACAGGAGGGAAGGCCCAGAGGGAAACUUGAAUAGAAAAGUCAAUUCAUUUCUCAAGAUGGCAAUGGAGAGGAAGGGUAGAGGAGGACGAGGGGGGAUGGUCCAUGGCGUGAGGAGUUUAGGGAGUGCGACAAUGGAUUUGGCGUAUACGGCGAUGGGGUCGAUUGACAUUUGGUGGGAAGGAGGAUGCUGGGAGUGGGAUGUCGCUGCCGGUAUUGCCAUCUUGGAGGAGGCGGGAGGUCUGGUUACAACUGCUAAUCCCCCGCGCGAUUAUACACAAGCUGCCAUCCCGCAAGUCAAACUAGGUGGACGAUUAUACCUUGCUAUACGUCCUGCCGGCAGCUCAGAUACAGAGACGGCCCUGGGAGCACAACACCGUGUGGUGAGACAAGUGUGGCAGAGGGUGGAAGCCCUUGAUUAUGACCGACUACAGUAG